UUACCAUUAUCGGAUAUUCUAUUUUCAUGGCUAACAUUUUGGAUUUCAAUAAUUCGACGCCGGAGAUUGGGCAGUUUACUUCACCGUAUCAGAAUAGAUGCGAGUUUAAUCUUCCUCGAUUAUCUGUGGAAAAGUUUAACUCGUUUGCUUUAGACAACUCUCAAGCGGUUUUUGUGCACUUCCAAGGAAUCAAUUUAUCAAUGCUUCAGCCCUCGAAAGAACCGGAAAUUCUGGAUCCCCUGAAUCUUGUUUGGGUUGAAAACAUCACAGCACCAUUCCUUUCACUGAAUUUAGGCUUCAAUGUCUAUUCUUUUACGACUCUCUGGCGAAAAGUACUUAAUAUGUCUGUAAUGGUAGGAUUUGAGUCAUCCAAAUGCUUAUUGAACAUGAGUUACAGUUGCAUAACAUCGAGUUUGGCCACAGCAUUCUUAACUAACGUCAGUCAACAAAGAGGUGCCUUGUGUUAUGUUUUGAAUAAGACCAAGAACAACGACGAAAUGCAAUAUAUGUGUUGCAAAGGGAACUCUGACAAACAACAAAUUGAAUGCAACAUCCCUGCUUCAAUUAGUCCCCAGAUGUCUGGAAUUUUCUUUACAAUAGUCAUUGUGGCAACAAUAUCCUUUUUUUGUUUCCCCGCCACUUUGGUUAGCUUCCCAGAUAAAGAUGACUGCUCAGAAACCAUAAGCGGUAAUGUACAAGUUCGCAAUCCCUUCUAUCGUAUUGCAAACUGUGCUGUCCAGACACUUCGACGUUAUUCGUGUAAAUAUUAUUUAGUCAAUGUGAUAAGAAAACUGCUGAUUGGUUUUUCACUGCCCUUCUUGUUUUAUAUUUACUGGGGAGUCACAGCCUACACCGCGAAAUAUGACAUACCAAAGAUGUUCAAUGAUGCCGUGAGGAUGAGAUGGCAGGAAGAGAACCUUGGUAAUGCAGUGCUUUUCAUCAAGGUUUAUAGUAUUGUGGCCGUAAUCAUUUCUUUACUUCCAAGAGAUAAAACUGCUGCUUUUUACAUUACAACGGACAAGGUGCACGAAUAUUCCUCGAUUCACCAGAACAAAAAAUUAGACUGGAUGAAACCCUACUCUAUAUCAGGAAACGUUUUUGAGAAAUUCUGCUUUGGUUUUAAAGGACUGACUGAAGGGAGUCGAUCAUCACCUUCCAAGAGAAUCAUCAACUUUAUUCUCAGUUGUUUUCUCAUAUUGAUCAUAUUUCCCGUGACUGCUAUAUUGAUAUUCAUUGGCUAUAGUUGUUAUGCGUCACCAUUGAGCCAAGAAUUCUCUCGUAUCCUUUCCCAUGUAUUUAUCAGCGCGGCAUGGCUUGAUUGGUACUUACUGAAAGUUAAGUGGUUUGAAAAGCUCAAGUCUAACGCUGCACUUUUUCAAGCUGUAAGUGGUGUUGUAUUUCUGCCGCUAGGAAUUCUUAUUACUUAUAAUAUAGUAGCUUUGGGAUUUAUGAUCUCAAGCUCACUAAUGUUAAUCUCAAGAAUGAUCACAUAUCUCUGCAUGGGAAUAGUGGCCAGUAAAGAUGACCUUUUGCCUCCUAUUGUACUCUUUUCCCUUUUCGGAUUCUACAUCUGGAACUGUUUCAGCGAUGUUGAAAGUAAAUACAAACACCUUCUUGACGAAACCUUUGAGAAGUGCAAAGAUUACCAAAAAGAAGAGGAAAAGCAGGUCAUACUUAUAGAUAACAAAGGGGUACCAAGAAUUUGUCGAUUGAGUGGCUUAUUUCAAAAAGUUGUCGACGAAAUCCAGCCAUUCAGCAAGGUUUACACGGUAAUGUUCAUACGAAUAAUUAUGAUUGGAUCAUUUUUAUCCAUAACUUACUGGUCCAUCUUGGUUUAUGGGGAAACAAGUCUAAACGAUUUCACUAAAACUUUGGCGAUUGCUUUGGGUGGGUUAAUCCCGAAAUUUAUCGAGAUCUUCGGUGGAGGCAAUUCCAAGAAUUUGCUUGACAAAGAAAAUGGAUAUAGGGUCAAGAAGAUUGUACGCGAUUUUUUUGUCUCCGAGAAUGCGGUAAAAGAAGCUGCCACUCAAACGGAUGCGGUAAAAGAAGCUGACACUCAAACGGAUGCGGUAAAAGAAGCUGACACUCAAACGGAUGCGGUAAAAGGAGCUGCCACUCAAACGGAUGCGGUAAAAGAAGCUGCCACUCAAACGUAUGCGGUAAAAGAAGCUGCCACUCAAACGGAUGCGGUAAAAGAAGCUGCCACUCAAACGGAUGCGGUAAAAGAAGAUGCCACUCAAACGGAUGCGGUAAAAGAAGCUGCCACUCAAACGGAUGCGGUAAAAAAAGAUGCCACUCAAACGGAUGCGGUAAAAAAAGAUGCCACUCAAACGGAUGCGGUAAAAGAAGCUGCCACUCAAACGGAUGCGGUAAAAGAAGAUGCCAAUCAAACAGAAGUGAACCUUUCGGACGACCAUGAACAAGAAGGAAGUCCUGGUGAGGGUGCCGAGGGAUUGACUUUUCAAGUGUCACAAGGUGAUCAUCAGUGCACAAAUGUUAGUCCAAGAUUGACAAGUAUCAAUUUUGAUGAGAGCACUGAAACAACACCAUUGCUCGGAUCAGGACUCCAACAAAACGUCUAAUUAAUUGCCACUGUUAAGUGCUGGGGGAUCGAUGUAGACAGAGAUGUUCAAUGGUAGUAUAAAAUACUCAUUGAAAAAAUAACAUUAAAAACAAAACUUAAUUUCAAAAAAAAAAAAGAAACUGACGUGCAUAAACUUGCUGUACUGAAGGUGUGAUCACUCGACUAAUAGGCAAUGCGCCAUUUUGUGCAGCAAAGCAAGAUGGAAGUUAUAGUCCGCUAAAACAGUCCUUCUGAAAGCCUCGACUGAAAUAGAAGUAGUUUUGCCAUUUCUAUACAAAGAAAGCAUAAAAAGGUUUUAAAGGAGAUAUUUAAGAGUCUAUGAUAAGUGCGAGGGCUACAACUACCAUCAUCCUUUGCUGCACAAAAUGGCGUCAAUGCACAUUGCCCUUUGGACAGUAUAAUGCGAAUAAUUUGCAAUAUWUCGAUCGUUUUAGUUGCUUGUUGAACAAAACCUAUAUAAUUACUACACGAUAAUUACUGAAUGAAAACUAUUAGGUGUAGAAUCUAUUUUAAUGUUUAUGGAAUUUAAUGUUAUCACACUAGAGCAAAUGCAGCAAAACCCUGAAAUAAAAUCAAACUAAAUACUAACAAAUAGCGGCUAUUUAGAGACAA